AUACUACUUCUCUGUUCCUCUACAAAAAAUCUGCAAAUUAAAUAAAUAAAAAUCCCAUGCAAUUCAUACAAAACACACAGUUCAUGGGAUUUUUGAAUUUAUGAACAAUUCCAUAAAAUAUUCAAAGAUUUUUUCUGGGUAGUUUUGUGUCAGACUGUUCAGAAUUCUACUGUAAUUCAGUUGUAGAAUUUUUUAUUUUUUUGAAAAAAUGUUGCACGCAAAAUCAGAGUCAGAUAUAACAAGUUUAGCUCCGUCGUCGCCGUCGAGGUCACCAAAACGGCCAGUUUACUAUGUACAGAGUCCUUCAAGGGACUCACAGGAUGGGGAUAAAUCAGCAUCUAUGCAGCCGACGCCGAGUUUCAAUAGUCCAAUGGAAUCUCCUUCGCAUCCUUCAUUUGGGCGGCACUCGAGGAAUUCAUCGGCUAGUCGAUUUUCCGGGAUAUUUAGGUCGUCGUCCGGCAGGAAAAAUGGCAGGAAAAGGAACGAUAAAGGGUGGCCGGAAUGUAAUGUAAUUGUGGAAGAAGGUAAGUAUGAUGAAUUUGAUGAGGAGAAGGGAUUAACUCGGCGGUGUCAGGCUUUGCUUGCUCUUUUGGGGUUUGUUGUUUUGUUCACUAUCUUUUGCCUCAUCAUAUGGGGCGCUGCACGUCCUUUCAAAGCUGAGAUUACUGUCAGGAGCAUGGUUGUGAAUAACUUCUACGUUGGUGAAGGUUCGGACUCCACUGGAGUUGUAACUAAGAUGAUGACAGUGAAUGCGUCGUUGAGAAUAAGUGUGUACAAUCCUGCUACGUUCUAUGGCAUUCAUGUUACCUCCACCCCCAUCAAUCUCAUUUAUUCAGACAUCGUUGUUGCUAGUGGUCAGCUAAAAAAGUAUUUUCAACCGAGGAAGAGUAGGCGGACCGAGUUAGUGAGCAUAGAAGCAGCAAAGGUUCCCUUGUAUGGAGCUGGAUCAAGUCUUGAUGCAGCAACCAACGGCGGAUUUAAAGUUCCAUUAAAGUUGGAGUUUGAAAUCAAGUCGCGCGGAGAUGUGGUGGGGAAAUUAGUCAGAACAAAGCACAAAAAGGAAAUCUCAUGUGAUUUAGUCAUCGACUCAACUAGCACAAAACCCAUCAAGUUCAAGAAGAAUUCUUGUGUUUACAGCUGAAGAAGAUAUGAUCGUUUGCUUCAUUUUCAGUUUGUGUGCAGAUAACUUUCUGUAAAAUUCUCUUCUCAGCAAAGUUCAUUUUUCACUUUGGGUGUGACCAAGUUUAUGUAAAAUUUCUCUUUUUAUUAGCAAAGUAAGUCCAAUUUUGAGAACACUAUAUAUCAUUCGAAUAAAAUAGCAUUUCCCCCAAAAGAACAUUGUUGGCUGUAAGUUGAAUUGGUGUACAUAUGUAAGUUUGGGUUCAUGAAUGAUAAUUGUAUUAUGAAGA